AUGUCUUCCAAUAGUCUCCUACAAAGCAUCAUCAACGCCAAUGGUGGCCUCGACUACUGGAACUCCAUCCAAUCUCUUUCCGCAAGCUUCCAAUUUUUAGGACCAGCAUUAGAAAGCAAGGGAUUUCCCGGACCAUAUAAAGCGGAAGUAACAAUCGAUACGAAAUCUCAAAAGGUCGUCUUCAAGAGAUUCGGCGAUUUCCACGGCUCGUGGUGCCCGACGCGGACUGAAGCCGGCAAAAUCGGCCAAGAUACGGUUGACGUCCGAGAAAACCCUAAAGAAGCUUUCAACACUCAUACCGCGGAAUCGAAAUGGGAUAUCCACCAUCUCUUUUGGUUCGUGGGCUAUGCCUUCUGGAAUUAUUUCAACUUUCCUUUCCACCUCCAGCAAAAUCCAGACAUCAAGGCUCGAGAACUGGAGCCCUUGGUUCGCGAGAACGGCGAGGAGUGGCCAGUGUUGGAAGCCACAUUCCCCGAUGGAUAUCCCACUCACACUAAGAUCCAAACCUUCGACUUCGAUGACCAGUAUCGAUUGCGGCGGAUGCGCUACUCUGUGGAUGUGUUAAAGAACAACAAUGUCCCCGCGUGGCAUAACUGCUUUAACCAUGCUGUGGCUGGGAAAAUAAGCUACCCAACCUUACGAGUUGUGACGAUCUCUGCCCCUGGAGUGGCAUUCCUUUCCCCUUUUAUGUUGAUGGACAUCAAGCUGGAGGUCAAUCAAGAUUGA